AACACAUUCCUGGUUUCAGUACUCGGGGAGCAGCCGGAGGGAGAGGAGGUGUGUGUUAUGGUGUGUGGCUCGGUGUGAGUGUUGACCUAAGUAGCCAAGAUGGCCAGCUCGAACAAGGAUGAUUCGCUCCCUAUGGAGCAGCGGGGCAGUCAAAUCGUCCAUGUGCGUGCUGACAGUGACAGCGAGCUGCGGGCCCUGUUUGAGGUAGUUCUGAAGCCCUCGAGCCAGGUGCCCCUGCAGAAGCCUUUCAAGAUGCGCAAUCUGCCCGCGUCCUUCUUCACGCCGCCCGCCCAUCGUCAGUCCCCCGCGCCCACCGUAACCCACUCCAGGGAGGGCUCGGCGGACUCCACCUACGGCGGGGGUGGCGUGGGCGGCCUACGGGUGUCGGGCGCCAUAUCCCCCAACACCGCCCCUCAGCACUUCCGCCACCACUCCUCGCCAGCCUCGCUGCAACAGACGUUCGCUGUGGCUCAGCAGCAGCAGCAACAGCAGCAGGUCGCCCACCUCAAGCAGCAAAGUUAUGACCUCAACGACGACAUGGGUAGUCUUCCCCCGGGCUGGGAGCAAGCUAGGACUCCACAGGGACAAAUUUACUACCUCAAGUAAGUAACAGUGGCAUCACACAG